AAAAUAAUUAUGUAUUUUAAGUUGUGUUCAAAACAUUUGUUGCAAAACUUAAAUAAAUGUAAACUUUUGGUUCCCCAGAGUGUCAACGCAUUUGUGGUAAAAUCUAUUCAGACUUCGUCUGUAAAAUUGUCUUCAUUUGAUUGGACGGAUGCGUUGAUGUUAGACAACAAUUUAACUGAAGAUGAGAGACAAAUCAGAGAUCAAGUCCGCAGUUAUUGCAGAGACAAACUGAUGCCACGGAUACUAUUAGACAACAGAAAUGAAACAUUUGACAGAAAUAUAAUGUCAGAAAUGGGAAGUUUGGGUAUUUUGGGUCCGACUAUCAAAGGCUAUGGAUGUCCUAAUGUAUCGACAGUGGCCUACGGGUUGAUAGCUAGAGAAGUAGAGAGAGUUGACAGCAGCUAUAGAUCAGCGUUUAGUGUACAGUCAUCGCUGGUUAUGCAUCCUAUCUAUGCUUUCGGAAGUGACGAACAAAAAGACAAAUAUCUACCAAAACUGGCGAAAGGAUCGCUCAUAGGUGCAUUUGGUUUAACCGAACCAAACCACGGAAGUGAUCCGUCGGGAAUGGAAACUAAGGCUUCAUACGAUUCUUCAUCUAAAACUUAUACACUAAAUGGUAGCAAAAUGUGGAUCACAAACGCACCGAUUGCUGAUAUAUUCAUAGUUUGGGCCAAAUAUGAUAACAGAAUUCGUGGAUUUAUUUUAGAGCGAGGAAUGAAAGGAUUGUCGACUCCGAAAAUUGAGGGAAAGUUUUCAUUGAGAGCUUCGACUACCGGUUCAAUAUCUAUGCAAGACGUCAAAGUACCGGAAAACAAUUUGUUGCCAAAAGCCGAUGGUCUAAGAGGUCCAUUUGAGUGUCUUAAUAGCGCCCGGUUAGGCAUUUCAUGGGGAGCAUUGGGUGCGGCCGAGUUCUGUAUGGCCACAGCUAGAGAUUAUGUUUUAGACCGCAAGCAAUUCAGUCGACCGCUGGCCAAAAAUCAGUUAAUUCAAAAAAAGUUGGCCGAUAUGUUGACCGAAAUAUCUAUCGCAUUGCAGGCAUGUCUUCAAGUGUCGCGACUAAAAGAUAAGGGAUUACAUAAACCGGAGAUGAUAUCUAUGAUUAAACGCAACUCAUGUGGAAAGGCAUUAGAGAUCGCACGUAAUGCUAGGGAUAUGUUGGGAGGGAAUGGCAUUUCUGAUGAAUACCAUAUAAUAAGACAUGUCAUGAACUUAGAGGCCGUUAAUACUUAUGAAGGAACUCAUGACAUUCAUGCGCUUAUAUUGGGUCGGGCUAUGACUGGUCAUCAGGCAUUCACUAGUGAUUAAUAAACGAGUGAAUUGAUGUUACAAUUAUAAUAUAUAUUUUAUAAUAUCAUA